AGAACAAAGAAAACAUUUCACCAAAAACAGCAUCAACAGUUUGACGGACACGUCCCAGUAUCACGUGGAGCAUCUAACCACGUUCGUGUUGGACCGUAAAGACGGGUUGAUCACCGUGGACGACGGGAUCAGACGUCUCCGCCUGCUGGACGCUAAAGGGAAGGUUUGGACUCAGGAGAUGCUGCUGCAGGUGGAGGAGAAAAGUGUCAGCCUCGUCGACCAGGACACCAAGAACGAGCUGGAGAACUUUCCCAUCGGGACGAUCCAGCACUGUCAGGCCGUGAUGAACAACUGCAGCUUCGACUCCAUCUUGGCUCUGGUGUGUAAAGAGUCGGGUCAAACCAAACCAGACCUGCACCUGUUCCAGUGCGACGACAUCAAGGCGAAUUUGAUCCACGCAGACGUAGAAAGUGCCAUGAUCGAUGCCAAAGGAGGGAAAGUGAAGAAGAGACCGGAGACUCUGAAGAUGAUCCUGAAGAGCGACGGGGUCAUCCCACCUCCCCCGCCCGCUCCUGCCCCCCAACCCCCCGCGUCGUCCAAUCAGCUGGACGUGAAGAGCAGAGCGGCCGCCUGGUCGGCCUGGACCAAUGAGCAGCAAGACU